GCAGUCGGUGGGCGACUUGAAUGGAUGGUGGCCUUUGGCUGGCGGCAAGGUCUUGUUGAAUGCUGAACCAGUUCUGGUGAUUCAGUUCGGCUCAAAUUGCCGUUGUGGAAGGUUGUCAGUGACGGUUGGAUCUGUGCAGUGCUAUUUCUAGUUGAUCGCGUGGUGUAGUGAAGUUCAGUGUGUGGUGCAAUCUUGGCCAGUUCUCGCCAUGCCGGCGUCAAAGAACAAGAAGAAAUGUUCGGCCACCAAUGUGACCAUUGAAGCCAACUACACGGACGUGGAUUGCAAGGUUGUGGUUGUGGGCGAUUCAAAAUGUGGAAAAACGUGCAUGAUUCAACGAUUUGCAUCAGACAAAUAUAACGAGGUGUACACGCCUACUGGAUUCGAGAAAUAUGCAGUGACGUACAACGUGGGAGACUACAGGGCGCACUUCUCCAUCUGGGAUACUUCAGGGGCAGCUGCCUACGACACAGUCAGACCACUUGCCUACCAAGAUGUGAAAGUCUUCUUACUGUGCUUCAGAGUUAGUGAUCCGGAAUCACUGGAUAAUGCUAUUAAAAAGUGGUAUCCUGAAAUCCGGCAACACUGUGAAAGCACGCCAGUAAUUCUCUGUGGCUGUCAAAGUGAUCUAAGAAAUGAUAUUGAAACGAUAUCCAUCCUGGCCAAACAACAUCGAAUUCCUGUCACAUCAGAACAGGCUGUGUACGCUAGUCGACAAAUAAACGCGACCACCUACGUGGAGACGUCGUCGAAAACGUCGGUGAAGGGCGUGAGGGACGCAUUCGAGGUGGCGCUCCUAGCGGCUCUCGGCAAACUCAACAAGAACCACGCGCUACAACGUCACAAGGCCUACCACCACAACACAUCUGCACAGCGCAGCAAAAGCAAGCUGGACCUCAAGUCCGAGCUGAAGGACCGCGCCAAGAGCUGCUCGCUGAUGUGACCAUCCGCUAGCACACAGGUGCUCGUCAUGUCCACUGUGCGCUGUGUCUGUCACAGUCUCUCACUAGAAAGCUUUAAUGACAAACUCAGUUCAGGUUAGGUCCUAACCUAACCUUGCCUAAGCCGCCUUACAACAACGGACACAAUAACCAAAUAGACUUGAUCUCCGAGAUUAUUAAUUAUUUUACAAUGUGCUGAGAAAUUUCUAUGCGGAAAUUAUUUUUGUUUUAGAAGUACUUUUGUUAUGAUGGUUUUGAUUGUAAUAUUGUCGGUGAUGACCUGUUGUGGUGAAACUUGUUUCGAUCUGAGACCUGUUUCAUGAAUCCAUCCUUCAUCCUUGGUAUUCCAACAAAUCGAUAUUAACAGUAAUUUUUCCUCUAUCUGUAUUAUGAAUUCCGUACCGCCACUGUACCUACAUGUUUGAUAAAAUUUAUAAUCACCUUCAAUAUGGCAGGAGGACCAAUUUAUUGUUGGUAAUGACCAGUUAUGGUGAAACCAUUGUUUCAAUCUGGGACUUGUUUCAUGAAUUAAACUUCAUACUUGAUAUUUCAACAAAUCGAGAUUAACAGUAAAUUUUCCUCUAUCUGUAUUAUGGAUUCUGUACCGCCACUGAUACCUUCUUGUACAUUUGAUACAUUUUAUAAUCACCUUCAAUAUGGCAGGAGGUCUAAUUUACUGAUUCUGCUCAUUCUGUGUGUCUGAAGCCUCACUUUUGAUUGAAUUCUGAUUCAAGAAUAAUAUUAACACUAUUACUACCCAUAUUACAGAAAAUCUUAUUUUGAAAAAAGCAAUAGGUACUGCAGUUGCCUUUUUCUAAUUCUAUAGGUAGUUUAUUUAUUCAAAAUAUGAUAUAUGAAUAUUAAUAUUUAAAUAUAUAGGCUACAUACACGAUUAAAUAAAAACACACAUAUGUUGUCAAAUUCUACACAGUUUUAUUCGGUACACGACCAUGGUUUCGUGACCACACCGGUCACACUUUCAAGUUGACUGACAACAUAGGCUACACGCUUAUGCAAUGAGUUUCAAUAUUUAAAUUUUGUACAAAUGGAACUAUGUGCUGGUAGGACUAAACAACAUAAUACUAUUUCUUUUUACUUUGAAACUGUUUGAAAAAUUUCUGUAAACAGAGUGCAAUUUAUUAAUUUUAGCUUUGAAGCAUGUAACCUAUACCGGUACAUAUCACAUUGAAUAUUAUUGGUGAUUCAGAAUUUCAAUAUCACAAAGGGUUUCUAUGAAACAGGUUCUUGAUCAUGAUAUUUUUCAUAACAGUUGGAGAAACCAGGCUAAAGGUUUAUUCAGGGUACUGUAUCCUAGCGUCGCAUCUCGUCAACCAUUAAGUAUGUAGCCCACUCACAGGGCAAGCGCAGUAAUCCAAGUUACAUCCUUCCAACAAAAAGAAACAUGAAUCUAUCAUUGUUUGCUGUCACACAGCUAUGUUGACACCUACUAAUCAUAUCAUUAUGUUGGUAACUUCAGUUUACAAUCAGGGUGAACUGAAAAGUAAACAUUUUCAUUUUUCAUUUCUUGUUUUUAGCUUGUUAUAGCUUACUGCAUAAUUUAUACACUUCGAGAUUUGCGCUUGUCCCGUGAGUAGGUACGUCCAUAUACAUGAGAGUAUAACAUAGCUUGAUGCUUUGCUGAGAUGGUCAUCGGGACGAGGGUCUCUCCACCAAAGAAAUCUAUCAACUUGAUAUUUAAGAGCCAUUUAUAGACUUUAUCAAUAUUUAUGAUACUGUGCAAAUCUGUCUUCCAGUUGAGAUUUCAAUGAAUUUUUGAUUUUUCAAAUUGUAUCGUUCAUUAUAACUAUUAAAAUCAAAAUAACAAUUUACUUAAUGUUAUACUUCAGAAAUUAUAUUGCUGUUACCGUACUAUUUCUUACUGUUAGGUAGGCUCGGAAAGAGCUCUAUGUUUAUCAAGAAAAUUAUUUAUUGAUAAUUGCGUUUUUUGUAUUGUUAUAGAUAACAUUAUAGUUCAUAACGAUAUUAAAACAAUAAUCUAUAUUAUUCUAUCAAGAAGCAUUCAUUUCCUUAGAAGUGUUGAUUUUUACAAUUAAUUCAAUUCUAUAACUUCAAUGUUAAAUGACAUCAUAAAUUACCGUACUUUAUUGAAGUUCAGUGAAUAUUAUUAUUUAUUCUUUCAAUUUCAAUACAUUUCAUACCGUACAAUAAAUAUAUUAUUUUUAUGUAAUGAAAAAUAUUUAAUGUUAUCCAUCUAUAACAUGUUAUCACAUGAAUAUUUUUUAAAUAAAUUUAACUUAUAUGUUUUCCUAUAUUUGAGAGGCAUAUGGAAUCUAAUUUCAAAAAAUAUUACAAUCAAAAAAUUGAGCUAUAUGUUUUAAUAAUCGUUCUCCAUAGAGAAACCAAAGAUGAGAGUUGCAUCUAUGUUACGCAUCUUAAUUUUUUUAAUUAUCAAAUUAAUUCUAUUUCAACUUACUGAACUAUUUUUUCUUCUACUUUUACCGUAUUAUUUAUUGAAAAAACUACUCAUAUUGAUGUAUUGUUCUAAACUUAAAUUUUCUGUUGUCAAAAUGGUGAUAGAAUUAAUAAUCCAUGAUGAGUUAGGCUAUCUGAAACAAAAUUGAAUUGUUAUUAUUUCCACUUAGUAUUUUUUAUAAAAUUGAAUAUUCAGAAUGGUUCUAUCUUAAGAAUUAGUAGUAGAUAGUUCUACUAUAACAUUAAUUAUGCCAAUUUGAUCAAGUUAUUGAAAUUUGUGAAUGCUGUAGCUCUGUACCAAGUUUCCUUAUUUGAAUUAUAUAUGAGAGAAAAUUAUUAAUAAGAUAGCACAAACUAUUGUGUUUGUGUUAUUAUGUCUAUGUAUGUAUCAUGUUGCAAGCUUGAAUUAGAUCUUUGAAAGAACCUAUCAUGAUGUUAAUAUAUGUGAAAAAUCUAUUUUCAAAAUUCAUGUUGAAUUAAAAUGUGAAAAUCUUUAAUAAUAUAGAGAAAUGUAUAUCUUGUAAAUUUCUGGACAGUAUUUGAUAAACUUCAGUAGGCCUAAUGUGGAUAAUUUAUUGCUUACGUCAAAUUUUUCUUACCAGUUGAACUCACUUUUUAAUUAUUAUUUCAAUUUUACUCCCAAUAAAGUGGUAAGGCAAGAAUUCUACAAUAAAUUACAUAGAAUAUUUUAUGAUUCUGUACUUUUUUAUUUGUAACUUGGAUAGAACAGUAAGCUAUCUAUUUGGGUUAUGAGUACGCCUAUGUUGUUUCAAAUUGACCAACUAGUGAUUAAUCAUUUCCUUCUACUAUUGUUAAGACUUCAUUACACAGGUUACAGGUGAAUAAUUAUUGCAAGUAAACAGAAAAAUAUUCACAUUCUUAACUAUUUCAAAGAAACUUACCUACUUCUCCAAUACGGGUUUUUAGUGGCACAUCUUGAGAUUAGGUCAGUUGAAAACACAGUAUAAUUUAUUUUAUGUAAAAAAAUGUAUAUAAAGAGUGAGUUAAUCAAUCCCAUUUUCAACAUAGUUAAAAAAUAAAAUUAAAUUGGAACUUGAUAUAUCAUAUUUGACAAACAUGACCUAAGAAUCUCGUUAACUUACACCAAGUUAUAUUCUGGAUUUGUUGCAAGAACUUGACACUUGAAACCCAAAAAUCAAAAUAAUCAUUGAGGGUUGAGCCUUCAAUAUUAUGCUAUUCUAGAAAUCUUUCAUGAUUUUACUCUCUUUUUUAAAAUUAGCAGUGAUAGAUGCUUGUAACUAUUAUUGAAUAAAAUACUUUUUUAAUGACUUUAAUUUAAA